GCUUGCGGCCUCUUUUGGAGACGUGAUGCCCAUUCAUUAUUGAUUGCUAUCCCGCUGACGUGGCAGAAAUUGUCAUUGGAAUAACGAAAUCAUUCCCCCACCUCCCCUCCCACCUUUCCCACUGGUGGCUCGUUGAUCUGGAACGGAUUUUGCAAAGGAAUGCCCGGUGCUUGAACAUGAAAUAAAACAACAACAGCAACAGCAUCUGAAGACCGAACUGUCCGAACUCUGGUGGCUCCAUAGGUGAAGAUAUAGUUGCAGGAUGAAAAUAUGGCAGCGCAUAUGCUUGCACCGCCAGGUCCUGAUAGCCUCCAUCUUUUCACCCGCGAGUCUCUGGCUAACAUUGAGCAACGGAUCGCUGAAGAGAAGAAUAAAAAACCUGCCAAGCAAGACAGCAGUCACCGCGAUGACGAUGAUGAAAACAAGCUUAAGCCAAACAGCGACCUUGAAGCUGGCAGAAGUUUGCCGUUUAUUUACGGUGAAUGCCCUUCCAAAUGCAUUGCUGAACCAUUGGAGGACUUGGACCCUUUUUAUAUAAAUCAGAAAGUGAUCUAAGGGAUCUCAUGGUGGAGUCGGUGGAAAAGGGAGCGAGUCUAUUGUGUUGUGUGCUAUCCAGUCAGCAAAAAGAUCAGACAUGGUUGCAGUCAAGCCACCCACAGUGUACGGAUGAAGGAUCAAGAUAAAGUCUGAUUCAAGAUAGGCCGAUGGUCUCCAGCGCCCUGCGGAGAAGGCUUGUCCUGGUUAAUUGGCCACCACUAAGUACAAUGUGAAAACACAAAGCUGUUGGCUUUGGAGGUUCAGGACAACAUUGAUUUUUUCCCCCUUGUAGCUUGAACUUUGUUUAAAAGAAAAGUAGAUGUAAAAGGAAAUGGUGAUGGCUGAAGUUGGUGUUUC